AUGAGGAGGGAUUUAAGCCUGGAAACGACGGAGCUCACAACCUUGCGCCAAGAUAGCGAGCUCCGCUCUCCAGCAUCCGGCAGUUAUCACGAUCCGGAUGCAGAUCGCACGUGUGGGGAAAUACUGGGACUAGGGGGAUGGAAAGCGACCCUGUACCUGGGGUCGGCCACCUCGUUUACAGUCCUGAUUCUAAAUCUGGUCAUGGUUUGCUGGGCGAGCUUCCGUCAUUCCGACCAGGACCAGAGAGUGCUCUACUCGGGCAAUUGCGACCGCACGAAGGAACUUGGGACGUGCGUGCAUUUGUUGAUCAACGUGCUCAGUACGCUUUUGCUGAGCGCGAGUAAUUUUGGAAUGCAAUGCCUCAGCGCUCCCACGCGCAAGGAUAUCGAUCGCGCGCACGCAGAUAACGAGUGGCUUGAUAUUGGAGUUCACAGUAUACGCAACCUACGGAGAAUACCGCGAUUUCGAAUGCUGCUCUGGCUCAGUCUAGCCCUAACCUCUGUUCCGCUCCAUCUGUUCUAUAACUCCACUGUCUAUUCGAGCCUCUCCGCCAACUCCUAUGAUGUGUACAUUGGAAACUCCAGUUUUACCUCGCUCACGCCAGCCGACGUCGCGAACGUAUAUGAUCCCGGCUGGAACGGAACAGAGCAUUAUGCAUCCGCACCAAGGCUGGUGCGCAUGGCAGCUGAGCUAGAGAGGCUCUCGCCGGAGGAUUGCAUCUCAACGUACGAAACCACUUUUCUGUCCAAGUACGCCAGCGUCGUCUUGGUCAGCGAGACCUUCAAUGGGAGUACAAAUGUGCCGGCAGUAGAUACGGCAGUGAUCUACGUCGACACCGCGCGCAUCCCUGGAAUGGGGGAGUACACAGAGACGGUGCCGUACAAAUGGAUAUGCCACGAUAAGCUCGAUAAGCUCUAUGACGAUUACUAUUGUACUGGCAGCGUUGGCAAGGUCAAGUCGGGCGAUGAAUGGGUAGUGGGCGGAUACAAGAUUGACUAUUGCCUGGCCGAGCGCACAGCCGAGAAGUGCACGCUCGAGUACAGCCUGCCGUUGGCAAUUGUCGUUAUCUGCGUGAAUUUCGUCAAGGCUCUGCUGAUCUGUCUGGCCCCAUCUCUGCUCGGAGACGGACCGCUGCUGACUAUUGGGGAUGGGAUUGGCUCUUUUCUGCGGUCGCCGGAUGAGACGACUCAAGGGAAUUGUCUUCUGACGAGAGAGAUCCCUGGCGAGUCCGAAAUCAAGCCGCUGCGGUAUUCUGUGAUGCCAAAACGCCGCUGGACAUCUCUGUCUAGGGCUCGCUGGGUCACCUGUCUCCUCGUAUACAUGGCAUCGACAGCUGUUUGCGUCGGCCUGCUGUCUCGCGGACUUGCUUCCAUGGUAAACACUGAGGGCGUGUGGACGUCUGGGCUCGCCGUUAUUUCCUCGCAGACCUUGAUCGAGUCACUCUAUUGGCCUCGUGAUCUAAUCGCGAACGUCCUCAUUGCCAACACCCCACAACUGAUCUACUCUGGAAUCUACUUCAUGUCCAAUAGCAUCCUCACCAAUAUGGCAUUGUCCGGCGAAUGGGUUAAUUUCUCGCUUCACCGAAAGGGACUCCGCGUUUCGUCAAAGCCUCAAGGCCAUCAGCGCCGAACGCACUUUCUAUCAUUACCUUUCCGCUUCGGCGUUCCCCUUAUCAUUGUCUCAGCGUUAUUGCACUGGCUCAUGUCCCAGAGUCUGUAUCUCGUGCGGAUCAUCGCCUACAGCGACCCCCAGACACGAAAUGCUGAUUAUGAUACCAUAACCCUCGGGUAUUCGCCACCGGCCAUUGUGAUCGGCCUUUGUGUGGGAAUGCUACUGCCAGCGGGUCUGGUGCUUUUUGGAUGUGGGAGGUUUCAGUCUGGCAUGCCGGUUGCAGGGAGCUGCAGCAUGGCUAUUGCUGCGGCGUGUCACCCCAGGGGUCAGACGGAUGAAGAUAGAGCGAACCUGGAGUAUCAGCGGCUGAAGUGGGGAGUCGAGGCGUAUCAGAACGGAGAGAUGUGGCAUUGUGCGUUCUCGAAUAGGAAAGUUAUGAAGCCUGAGGAUGGAAUGGAAUACCAGUGA